ACUACUAGUUCCUCCAUCACUUUAGGUUCUCGCAUCUUCAAACCGGAGAUCCCUCCUAUUUCUGUCCAGUUUUUGAGCUAAGAAGAAAAACACUUCAACAAUGGCGCUGCAGAACAUUGGUGCUUCCAACCGUAACGAUGCCUUCUACAGGUACAAGAUGCCUAAGAUGGUUACCAAGACUGAAGGCAAAGGUAACGGCAUUAAGACCAACAUUAUCAAUAAUGUUGAGAUUGCCAAAGCCUUGGCGAGACCUCCUUCUUAUACCACAAAGUACUUUGGUUGCGAGCUUGGGGCGCAGUCCAAAUUUGACGAGAAGACUGGGACUUCGCUUGUGAAUGGGGCUCACAACACGUCUAAGCUUGCUGGGCUGUUGGAGAAUUUUAUCAAGAAGUAUGUCCAGUGCUAUGGAUGUAGUAACCCUGAGACUGAGAUCAUCAUCACAAAGACGCAGAUGGUGAAUCUCAAGUGUGCUGCUUGCGGGUUUAUCUCUGAGGUUGACAUGAGGGACAAGUUGACUAAUUUCAUUCUUAAGAACCCACCUGAGCAGAAGAAGGUGUCAAAGGACAAGAAAGCAAUGAGAAAAGCUGAGAAGGAGAGGCUUAAAGAAGGCGAGCUAGCUGAUGAGGAGCAGAGAAAGCUGAAGAAGGAAGCUAAGAAGAAAGCAUUGUCUAACGGGAAGGAUGCUUCUUCUAAGACUUCCAAGAACCAUUCUUCUGAUGAGGAUUCAAGCCCGAAGCACGAUGAGAAUGCGCAUGAGGUGGAUGAGGAUGAAGACGAUGAUGAUGGUGUCCAGUGGCAAACUGAUACUUCCCGAGAAGCUGCUGAGAAAAGAAUGAAAGAACAGUUGAGUCCUGCAACUGCUGACAUGGUGAUGCUCUCUUCAAUGGAAGCAGAAGAGAAAAAGGCUCCCAAAAGCAAGUCGAACGGGAAUGUUGUGAAAACUGAGAAUCCUCCGCAAGAGAAGAAUCUCGUGCAGGAUAUGAAAGAGUAUCUGAAGAAAGGGUCACCAAUAAGCGAGUUCAAGAGUUUCAUCUCCUCUCUCUCUGAUCCUCCACAAGACAUCAUAGACGCACUCUUCAAUGCUCUCUUUGACGGCGUGGGCAAAGGAUUCUCCAAAGAAGUGAUGAAGAAGAAGAAUUACUUAGCGGCUGCUGCAACAACGCAAGAGGAUGGAUCACAGAUGCAUCUGCUCAAUUCGAUCCGGACAUUCUGUGGAAAGAAUGGAAACGAAGAAGCGUUGAAAGAGGUGGCUUUGGUUCUUAAAGCAUUGUACGACCAAGACAUCAUUGAGGAAGAGGUUGUGUUGGAUUGGUACGAAAAGGGUCUCACCGGAGUUGACAAAAGCUCCCCGGUUUGGAAGAAUGUUAAGCCUUUUGCUGAGUGGCUCCAGAGCGCUGAGUCUGAGUCCGAAGAGGAAGAUUGAGACAUUUUUUCUUUCCUCUUUACUGUUUUUUCACUUUUUUUGCGGGAUUUCUUAUAAUCUAUUCGUCAGUUUUCAGAACUCUUAAAUCUUUUUGCAGUGUUCUUAUAAAGAAACAUAUAAUCUAUUAAAUUUGAAAAAAUGCU